UGCCCCAAAAAAGCGAGAAAAGCCGACAAAACCCGUUCUCUCAGUAGGGGACACCGUGUUUGUUGCCGCGGCCCUCAUCCAGUGUCAGCGGCGGACUUUUCCACGGCGAAGAAGACGGAUCGGAUUUUCAGUACCAACUAGAAAGUCCAGUUCGACCGACCGAGAUGUCACAGGAGCAUGACAAUAAGCGUGCGGUCCUGGUUCUCCAGAACGAGCCGGGUUAUGGCGGCCAGCGUCGCUCCUUCACCACAGAAGACGAGGCCUGGAAAUCGUUCCUGGAGAACCCCCUGACAGCCGCCACCAAGGCCAUGAUGAGCAUCAAUGGCGACGAAGACAGCGCUGCAGCUCUGGGCCUUCUCUACGACUACUAUAAGGUGCCCAGGGAAAAGAGAACAAUAGGCCAGAACAAGCCAGACACACUGGUCUCAGAUGUGGAUCCCAACAAAAGACACCAGAUCCAGACUGGACACCCCCUAGGUCCACACCAGGAAGCUGGCAUGGAGAGCAGGAUCCAGGUCCUGAAGGGGCCCUUCAAUAUUCUUCAACUGGCCCAGGACAAGAGGAGCCAGUUCCCGUCACCAGACACAACCGUCACAGUUUCCAUUGCUGCCGUGCCAAACUACCCGCCCGUCAAGACAGAGGUGCCCACCCACGGCUUCUCAGUGACAGUGCCAAACAACUGUGCCGAAACCGACAGCCAUGUGGGCGUCUUUGACCGGCAUCUCACCCACAACACGGUCCAGUUCAGCCCCAGCACUCAGUCCCGCACGCCGCCCGACUCCACCUUCUCCGAGAGUUUCAAGGACGGUUCCCAGGAGGUGUUUUCCUUCCCAGGAGAUCUCCAGUUACGAAUGGCCUCCAUGGCGCCUGAGGACUACACUCACUUCAACACUGUGCCAGGGAAUAAUUUCGAGUACACUCUAGAGGCGUCCAAGUCUCUGCGUCAGAAGACAGGUGACGGGACGAUGACGUACCUCAACAAGGGCCAGUUUUACCCCAUCACCCUCAGGGAGAUUGACAGCAAAGGCAUGCAGCAACCCAUCACCAAAGUCAGGAGUGUAGUGAUGGUGGUGUUCGGAGAGGAGAAGUGCAGAGAUGAUCAGCUGAAACACUGGAAGUACUGGCACUCCAGGCAGCACACUGCCAAACAGAGGUGUCUCGACAUUGCUGAUUACAAGGAGAGCUUCAACACCAUCGGCAACAUCGAGGAGAUUUCCUACAAUGCCAUUUCCUUCACCUGGGACACGAAUGAGGAAGCCAAAAUCUUCAUCUCCGUCAACUGUCUGAGCACAGACUUCUCCUCUCAGAAAGGGGUGAAGGGUCUCCCCUUGAACCUGCAGAUCGACACCUACAGCUACAACAACCGCAGCAACAAGCCCAUCCACCGCGCCUACUGCCAGAUCAAAGUGUUCUGUGACAAGGGAGCGGAGAGGAAGAUCCGCGACGAGGAGAGAAAGCAGUCGCGCCGGAAAGGGAAGGUGGCCGACAUCAACCCUGGCCUGUCCUUUGUCGACGUCAAAGUGCCCAUCCUCCAGAAACGCAACGAUGUGACCAUCUUCAAGAUGAUGACUGACAUCGAGACUCAGCCUGUGCUCUUCAUCCCUGACAUUCACUUCUCCACCUUCCAGCGCCAUCCUUUCUCAACAGAAGAUGGAGAGGAGAGCUCAGGGAUGAAGAGAUUACCCUUCAGCGAGGAGGAGUUCAGUUCGCCUCCAAACAAGAUGCAGAGGGUGGAGGAAGCAAAGAAAGUGCUGCUGUACGUGCGCAGGGAGACAGAGGAGGUGUUCGACGCCCUCAUGCUGAAGAAUCCCACACUGAAAGGCCUGAUGGAAGCUAUUUCAGAAAAGUAUGAGUUGCCUUUGGAAAAGGUCGGAAAGGUGUAUAAGAAGUGCAAGAAAGGUAUUCUGGUCCACAUGGACGACAACAUCAUCAAACACUACUCCAACGAAGACACCUUCCAGAUCACCAUGGAGGAGAUGGGUGGCAUGUACAAACUCACCCUCACCGAAAUCUGAUUGGUCAAGGAGGAGGUGACAUCAUCCUGUACAGAGGGGUGGACGACAAACGGUGCCAUUAGGGAUAGUGGUUUACACGUGAUUAUGGACUUGAUUGAAAUCAUGUUGUCUGCGUGCUGUAUCAACCAGAUUUUUAAAACACAGAGGCCCAUAAGAGGUUGUUUAACAAACCAUAGCUCUUAACAGACAACAAUGUUGAUUAGGCACCUAAGUUAUACAUUUUUCUAAAUUUCAAAUCUAUUUUUCUUGUGCAUGACAAAUAACAAAUGAGGACAAGUUCCUAUGACACCAUUGUUUUGUAUUUUGUGAGAAUAUGAGUAGCACCUAAAAUAUAAGUGCCUUUUUCUUUUGUAAAUUUUGUUUGAAACGUGCCUAGCGAUUGUAGUGCUGCUAUACCUCAUGCUAUGCAAGCAGCAUUGUCUCUGAUAUAUUUGACAUUUAUCAGGAGAAACGGCUCAUUUUGUCCCUUCAUAAAGCCAUAGCACUGAUGAUUACAAUCUGUAAAGUUGGGUAUUUAGCGCACAAAAUGAAGUCAGCAAAUUGUUUAUGGAGCCUCAGUGGUUCAGUGUAUUAAUGCUAAACAUCAUGGCAGUAUUUAGUGUGUAAAAAAAAAUUCUUCAACCAUCAUACAAUUAGGGUAGAAUAGUGUAAAUAUUUGUUGUCUUUUUUUUAACAUAGGAUACAGGCUGUUUGUAAAUGAAAUGGCUUAAAAGAUGUUUGUUCCUCAGAUCAGUUUUAAAAAAGAGUCACUAAAUAUUUUGAUAAUAAUUUUAAGACACAGCUACCUUUUCCCAUGUAGAGUAGGUCUCUGAAAUAGGUGAAAUAGGUAAAUAACUGUUCAGGAUAGUUUAAAUUCAAAAAGUGUGUUCUAGAAGUGCAAAUAUGAUAUUUAGGUCACACACAUUCAUAGAAGACAUUCCUGUAUUGCCAGUAUAAAAAUACAUAUUAACUGAUGUUAAUUUUGAAAUUUAGAUAUUGUUAAGUGUGUAUAUAUAUAAUGAAAAAAGGAUCUAUAUGAUCCAUCCUUUUGUAUCUCAGUACUUAUUGUGUAUAUAUUUAUUAAGAGAAUGGAUGUGGGUCAUUGGUAUUUUUUUUCCACACAUACCCCAAUUUCUAUUAUUCCUAAUAAUAUAAUGUUUUUUUUUUCGUUUUGCUAUGAACUUAUUCUAAAAUAUGUCAAGGGACAAUAAGCAACAAACAUUUUUUUAAUUGAUGCUUACUUUCUGUUUUGGAAAAAAAAUUGAUGCACAAAGUGCCCAAUAAAAGCUUUCAAAUAGCUGCA